GACAAUUCUUGUUGCAGUACUUGAAUUAAUAAUUAAAACUUGAAUUAUUAUGCAAUGUUUCGCAAUUUAUUGCGGUUAUGUUAUUCCAUGUACUGUAAAAUUCGAAACCUUUGAUGUUACAUGGGCACGAACGUGCCAUAACGAAAAUUAAAUACAAUAGAGAAGGAGAUUUAUUGUUCUCUUCUAGUAAAGAUAAAAAACCAAAUGUUUGGUAUUCUUUGAACGGCGAACGUCUUGGAUCUUUUAAUGGGCACAAUGGUUCUGUAUGGUGUAUUGAUGUUAAUUGGGAUACAACAAGAUUUUUAUCUGGCAGUGGUGACAAUUCGCUAAGAGUUUGGGAUUGUCAAACUGGAAAAGAAAUAGGUCAACUUCACACAAAUAGUUCAGUGAGAACAUGUAGCUUUAGUUAUUCAGCAAACCUUGCUGUUUAUUCAACAGACAAAGCUUUAGGACACCAGUGUGAAAUGUUUAUCAUAGAUAUCAAGAAUGUUGAUGCAGUAUUAUCACAAGAAGAUGCAAUUGCCAGAAUUGCUGUCACUGAACCCAAAAUCACUGCUAUUUUAUGGGGUGCAUUAGAUGAAACAAUUAUUACUGGUCAUGAAGAUGGUGAAAUCUGUCUUUGGGAUGUUAGAACAAGGAAAAAAUUAACAAGUGUUAAAGGUCACAAAACACAAAUAAAUGACAUGCAAUUUAACAAAGAUGGCACUAUGUUUGUAACUGCAUCAAAAGAUAAUACUGCCAAAUUAUUUGACAGUGAGUCAUUAGUGUUAUUGAAAACAUACAAAACAGAAAGGCCUGUUAAUUCUGCCACAAUUUCUCCUAUUUUUGAUCAUGUGGUUCUUGGAGGAGGUCAAGAUGCUAUGGAUGUCACAACAACGUCCACGCGUCAAGGAAAAUUCGAUUCUCGAUUUUUCCAUUUAGUAUUUGAAGAAGAAUUUGCGCGUUUGAAAGGACAUUUUGGUCCAAUUAAUUCUCUUGCGUUUCAUCCUAAUGGUCGUAGCUUUUCAACGGGUGGAGAAGACGGUUAUGUUCGUAUUAACACAUUUGAUCAAUCUUAUUUCGACUUCCAUUUUGAAUACUAA